AUGGACACAAGACCACCACCUCCCCAAGGCAAGUCUCCAUUUUCAUCAGCAAGGAGGAGAAGGAAACUGAUCAUGACGAGCCUACGGCCAGUCGUCAUCACCGUGGCUGUCCUCGGUGGCAUCUGGUCCUUAUUCUCAGGAAUUGGGUUCUUCCGUAAUGCACCGAUUUACAGUGACAAUGGAUCGAGCAAGCUGAGCUUGCUAUCUAUCAUCGUUGGGGUUCUCUACAUGGUCGUGAUGGGCAUUGAGAUUUUCGGUAUAUUUGCGGCGUCGACACAAAAGCUAGUGUUCGUCCGGAUAUACGCCUACCUCGCAGGCCUCGUCGUUCUGAUUAUUGCGGCUGUUGGUCUGGUGCGGGUUGUUGUCCACUUUACGCUCAAGGACGACAUCCUCAACGUCUGCACGAAUGCCACGACUGGCGAUACCAUCAUUUAUACGGGUAUUUUCGGUCCCAUCCGCGGUGGAGUGCUUGACGCACAAGAGGCUGCAGCAUGGUGCAAACGCUCGUACGACCGCGAUUCGUGGUCAGAAAUUGUCGCCUUCCUGAUCACCACUGUGCUGGCGAUGAUGUUCGCGGUAGUCGCGUUCAACUACCUGCGGCAGGUCCUCGAUCCGACGAGCCCUGUCAACAACGCCCGCGAGCCGCAGCGUUUCGGCAGUGCCUUCCCUUCGCACUACAACCCGCCGUACAACCCCAACAUGCCAUAUGGCGGGCAAUAUGGUGGCGCUCCAGGCUAUUACCAGUCGUAUCCUGCGCCUGCGGGCCCGCCCCCCCACCAGAGCACGGACGCGUUCGUGCCGCCGUACCCCGGCAAGCCGCCUGGCUUUGUGGGAGGCGAUGAUACGAAGGAUGGAUAUCAGAAGCACGAUGAUGGUCCCAGUGAAGAGAGGGAUGUGACGACCAGGACCCCGAAUCCCUUCCGCUGA